UGAUGAUAUUGAAACCGAUUUAAGAGAUGCACAUUUUGAGUUAACUUUUUUAAUAUCAGAUACAAAUUCUUCAAAAAAUCAUGGUUUAGAAAUAUGUGAAAACUUUUAUACUGGCAUUAUCAAAGAUAUGAAGCGAAAGACUAUCUGUAGAAUUCAGAGUCUUAAUCAUACAAAUGCUGUUUCUCCAAAUAUAAUAAGUAGUCUAAUUGCAAGUUAUACAUCAAAUAUUGAAAUAUCGCGAACUGAGAAAUUAUGCAGAAUUCGGUGGAAAAAUUGA